UCGACUUACGACUGGUUGGGUAGUCCUCGACUUACGACUGGUUGGGGGUCGCGGCAUUAAAAAGGUUGAGAACCACUGCUCUAGAUAACAUUCCACAAGUGGCAAAUUUAUGGGUUACGUUAGUUUCCCAGCUGGGUUUGUAUCUUUCUUAAAAUUUGCAAGUAUAUGAAGGACUUUCAGAAUACACUCUCUAUUGUGUACAGUAGUUGCUGAGAAAGCAAGGUCUCACAUACCAAAGAAGUGGCCUUCACUAAGAAGAGAAAAACAUGCAUUCUUAAAUUUAAACAAGAGGCUAAGACUGCCAUGUUAAAAGUGCCAAUAAUAACGCCUAAAAUUUGAAGCAAUAGUGGAAGAAAGCUUUUCUCUCAUUGCGUGGAGAAACUGGAUCCCAGUGACUAACAUAACUUUUUCUGAAAUUCAAGUAAGUAGACUUGAAAUGUGCAGGUAAAAGUUCAAAGGAACCUCUUGUUAACUCUGAGGGUUAUCAGAAUCUCUUGUGAAAAAAUGUUUGGUAACAUUUAGCAUUGCAAUAUGGAGCAUAUACUAUUAUUUUAUUAUGAGAUUAAAUCAUACCUUCAUAGGAGUGAAAGAGACAGGUGGGGGGGUGCAUUAUAAGGGUUGGCCAUACUACAAACAUGAUCAGAAACAUUGUGGAAGAUCCAAGAGAAGCCAGUUCUCAGACAUAGUUACUCUCAUUUUUCUUGACUAAUUUGUUUCUACACAAACAGCAGAAAGAAGGGAGCAAAACAAGAUGCUUUUCUAUGCCAUCCUCUCUAGAUUUUUUCUUUCCUAUCAUACAUGACUGAAGACCUCUAGUUAAAAAAAUGAGACUGAAUGCAAUUUUGAGUGACCAAAAGGCAGAAAAAAGUAUGAAUCGAUACCCAGAGUCACUUAAGUGAAAUGGACUGUGUAGGAAUUUGGCAAAUGAAAUAAAUAAAUUCUUCUGAUCCCCCACCACCUUCUACAGUAAUUCUGUAAUAAAAAGUUAUGUGCAAAAAUUAUACCUUGGCACCCAAAAAGAUAUCAAUAGAUGAGAAGAAGCAGAAUGCAAUAGCUGGGUCGACAUGCCCAAUUUCUUCUUGAAUCACCAUCCAGAAGGCUACAGGUUAAUUCAUAAAUUCCCCUAUUAUAGUGCAUUUAGUGUCCCACAGCCCCAGGGAAAGAAAGAAAAAAACUCCUAGUGAUGCACAAUGUUUACUCUGGUCUCUUGAAGACAAUAGGAAAAGGAAAACCCCAGAGCUUACUGAAAACUGUAAAGAUACAGUUUGGGAGAGCAGCAAAGGAAGGCAAUCUUCGUCUGCCCUAUUUUCCAUAAGGGUCAAGGCAUCACUGGCUGGCAAGGAGUGUUAACUCUUGACGUGGCCCAAUUCCCACUUUCCUUGCCAGGAAAAGGAGGAGUGCGCCCACCACAAUCUCUCCCGCCAGAGGUCACUCGUCCGGACAAAUUCAUCAAGCAGCUGGGCACCGCGCCUAGCUGUUCCCUCGGCCUCUUGGUGCCGCGAAUCAGGAGGGGAAACCCAGCGCUUGCCCCGCUCCCUUUCCUUCCUCUCUUUCUUUCCCAAGCAGGGUCGAGGGCGGCCCUGAGAACUGCGUAACAACUAAAGCACAAGACCUCCUAACACGUGUCUCCGCUCCCAAGCGCGCCUCCUCCUGUCUCAUUUUGCACCGCGCCGCAGGAGCUACCGCAGCAACCAUGGGCUCGACCCCCGAUAGCCACGAGAUGAACGGGCUGACCACGGCAAUAGUGAACGGCGAUGGCAAAGACGACGCGACGCCUCCAGAGGAGGGUCGAAGACAAUGGCUACGGACAAAUAGACAAAUUAACAUGAACCAUUAUGCCAAUAAGAAGAGCGCAGCCGAAAGUAUGUUGGAUAUUGCUUUGCUCAUGGCCAACGCAUCCCAGCUGAAAGCUGUAAUGGAGCAAGGACCCACUUUCGGGUUUUAUGUCCCACUGAUUAUUCUCAUCAGCAUCUCACUCGCACUUCAGAUUGGAGUUGGCGUACUCCUAAUAUUCCUUGAUACCAACAUUCUGAAGACAGUUUCUGUACUUUGUGCCAGUUUCACUUGGAUGAAGAAACUCAACAAGCAUGUCUUCCUUUCAGUUGGAUUAUUUACCAGAAAGGCCAUUUUAUAUAACUUCUUGGAAGAAAAAUGAAUUUAAUUUGUAAUAAGAAGUUGCAACCAAAGAUGCUUGUACUGAACUUUCCACAUAAACCUAAAAGUAUUGCUUAAGGAAAAACUGCAGUGUAAAUCUCUGAGAUUUUCUUAUGACUUAUGACUCAGUCCAUGUGCCUUCAGAGAAACGCUGAACCAAGAAAGAGAGCAGUUAUAUUUGAAAGCAUGGACUUCACAUAGGUAGGGAAAGACCCAUGUACAUUUCAACAUUAAAGAAUAUUUUUUUCUACAAGACUUUCAAAUCCCAAUGUAGAUUAAAAAAACCCAAAUUGUUCAUUAUUUAUAUAAUUUUAUAUGAAUAAUCAUAUCUGGUAGGGUGCUACCUAAGUAAAGAAGAAAGUGAAUGUAAUCAGUGCGAUGGUAAUGUUGAGACAACAAACAUCUGUUUUGCAAAGACCACCUCCCUUUAACUAAUGUUCACUCAUAGUCAUUCCAAGUGUUCCAAAGAGGUGGGUGUCCAGUAGAAAUAUAUUGUAAAAUUUUGUAUUGUUUCAUUGAUAAUAUAAUCUACUUAGAACAAUUGAGAUGAAUGAAGCCAUGCCUUAUAGCUUGUAAACCAUGGUUUAUGGCUGAGAACAUGUUAUUUGUUCAAUAAACCAUGGUUAAUUCAACUAUAGCAUGAUGCAUGUCCUUACUGUGUGAACACAUCACAGCUUUGUAUAAAGGCAUUAUAAUAUAUAUAAUUUUGUUUACUUCUUUCUUAUGGAAUUGAUGUUUAUUAUAGCUUUUGAUCAAUUGUUUAAGAGAGUUUAUCUUUAUAUAGUACUUGAUCAGAACAAUUUGCUUGCCUGACUAAAACAGAGCAAAACUCCAAGCUGCAUCUGAAAUGUAAUUUCACACAAUUGCUAGGAUUUUUUUGCGUAUGUAUUUGAGUUCCAAACUAAGGGAUGAUGUAAGGGAACAAUCAAAUACAUGUGUUGUUGUAUGUGACAGAAUAGCAAUUUUAUUAUAAAUUCUCUCUUUCUUUCAUAUGCUACACCAUUUUGGUUCUCUUAAACAUCUGCCAAAUUUCUAUAUUAUCCACAAACAGAAUAAGUACAGGGAUAAUAGGGUCAUUUUACCCUGACACUUGUGAAGAGCAAGGAUAUAAAAAGUAUCUCUCUCAUUCCUUUUAUGUCCAGUCAUUCUGAAUGGCGCUGCACCUUUUCUACUUAUUUUGCACACAAUGCCGGUGAGAAAUAUCUCUGUGCUCAUUUUGCCCAGUCACACUGGAUAGUGAGAUGGGUGGCAUAUAAAUUUAAUGAAUAAAUACAUUUCAAACAUGGCCCAUCCAUGGUUUAUAUUUUCUACUUUGGUAAUGAUUAGUAAGGAACACUGCAAAAUCUUGAUAGGUCUGUCUUCUUUAUAUCAAGGAUGGCUUGUCAACAGUUGAAUAGGGAAAUGCCAAGGUUUCCCCCAUUUUUCCUGCUUUGGUGACCAAAAUCCAUUCUAGAAGGCACCUCAAAGUGCAUGCCUCUUCAAUCUUUCCAACACAGAUCAAAUGGCAUGGUGCAUUUUUCUCUGGCCUGGACUGCUAACUUUAAAACUGUUAAGUAGAAAUAGAAAGGGCCAUCCUAUGCACAAGAUGAGAACCAAAUUUUGAUUAUAUCCAAUUUUUCUCAUUCUCAUCAUCUCAUUCUUUCAUUUGCUUUUUUAAAGUCAACCUACAUAGAAAACAAUAGUUUUAAAAAAGAAAGUAUGUUUAAUGAAAUUGAAUCAGGAAAUUAAUUUUUUUCAGAAUAUGUUUUGAAAUUAUAUAUAAUACAAUUUUCUCCUUUAAAAAAUAUAGUGAACAUUUUUUUAUAAUUUAUCAUUUGUGAGCACAAACUGCACUCUGUUUUUAGUUUCCUACAGAUCUAAUGCUACUAAUAUGUUUUAUUUUUUAUUUUGAUUCAUUAAAUAUGUACAUUUUAAAUCUAUAGUAUAUAGCACAUUAGUAUUGACACAGGAUAGAAGCCAUUUCCUUUACCAUUUUAGAUGCUGUAUUUUUCUACUAAUAAAAAUCAUAAUCAUAAGAUUCUAAAGAGUAAGAUAAUUUUUCUAGCAAAGAAAAUAGAGAACAAAAAGGACAGAAUUUUAUUUGGAUAUCUGUUUUAUUUUCAGUGAAAAUAAUUGGACUUUAUUAUUAAUAAGAAAGGGUUGUGGUUUUUUUUUUGUUCAGAUGCAAAACUGGAUCAAAAGUUUGCAGAAUGUUGGUUCACAGCUACUGCCUUUAUCAAUUGUGUGAACAGGAUUGCUUCUUCUGCAUAAGAGCCAAUUGUAAUUCUGUAUGUUCUUUCCAGGAAGUGAAUCCUGGGUUGAAUUAAGUAGGGCUUGCUUCAGCAAGAACAGAUAUUUUUCAUAGAUUGUAUUUUUAAUAAAUUAUAUUAAAGUGCAGUAUAAUCAAAUAAUGUUUUUCAUAGCUAAUUGUGAUAAAAUCAAAAGUUUUUCCUAAACAGGACAAUGGUUUAGGCAUUACAAGUGAGGAGUGUUCUAAAAUAGAAUAUCAAUUCAUGUUACAGAUUUUUGCAAAAUAUUUUUACAGCGUACUAUUUUGUUUUCUUGAUGUCAGUGAUGGGGUAAACUAGGGACAGCUGUGAGGGUGAAUAAAGGAAGGUAUCCAGGACUAUGCAAUCCAAGCCCUGUUAUUGAAACUGAUAAAUCUAAUCUAGCUGGUUUCAAUCUGGCAUCCUAUGCAUGGUUUGGAUUACAUGAGACAGUACAUGAUAGGUAUUUUAUUAAAAAAUGUACUAGAGGCACAGCUUGUCAUGAUUUUGAUUUCCUAUUCACUUUAGAAUCCUGUACUUAGAUUGUUACUGUAUUGCACUGUUUUAAUUAAUUUUUUUUCAUUGCUGGUCAAUAAACAGUCUUGAUAAAGUG